AUGCAAGGGCGCACUCUACUCUCAGCCCUCUCGCGGGGCCCCGCGUCACGUCGCGCCAUCCCGACCGUCCUAGCUUCGAAAUCCUGCUUCAAUCGCUUACAAUCCUUGUCAACACCCCCUUUUCACCGAUCGUUAUCAUCUCUACCGAAUCUACCGCUCUUUCGAGCCCUUCAGGGCCACGAUCGAUCCAGCCCGGCUGUCGUCCACAGCGCGUCGUCGCGUUCCUUCACCUAUGGAAAUUUGGUCGCGGAUGUGCUUCUCGCGCAACAGCAGCUUUUCGAGUCCGCGGGCGGCCAUCACGAUGGUCUGUCAGGAGAGAGGGUCGCAUUUCUCGCGGAGAAUAGCUACGACUACGUAGUGACGCUUCUUUCCAUCCUUGCGAACGAUGCGAUCGCCCUUCCUCUCUCCCCGGCCUUCCCGAUCGGCGAAUUGCAGUAUAUCAUGGAUAAUUCACGUGCCAAAAUACUUGUUGCCACUGAGAAGUACGCGGAUAAAGCUCAGAAUAUCUUGAAGGCGGGGUUGAAUCGAGAGCCUAUCUUGAAUGUGCGGGAGAAAAUCACAGCCGGAGCGGACAUCUCCGAGAAUGUGACAUUGGAGGAUUACACGAAGACACCCAAAGGUGGCAUGAUGUUGUACACUUCAGGCACGACUAAUAGACCGAAAGGUGUGCUGAUCCCUCAAUCUGCGCUCACCGCGCAAGCGGCUUCGUUGCUGGAGGCGUGGAAAUACACCCCGGAAGACCGACUCCUCCAUCUCCUUCCGUUGCAUCAUAUCCAUGGAACCGUUAAUGCCAUCGUAGCUCCUAUUCUCGCCGGAUCGUCGAUCGAAUUCAUGUUCCCAUUCAACACCGAUGCCGUGUGGAAGAGACUUGCCGCUCCGUUCCUGCCGAACAGUACGUCGACGAGCACGAUCACGUUCCUAACAGCCGUUCCGACUAUCUAUAAUCGGCUACUGUCGUCAUUCCCGAGCUUAUCCCCUGAGCUUAAAGAGGCUGCUAGGCAGGGCAUUUCUCCCGAGAACCUUCGCCUUAACAUCUCUGGCUCGGCGGCUCUCCCAACCCCGACCAAGCAGGCGUGGCAAGAUCUUAGCAACGGCAACGUCCUCCUAGAACGUUACGGCAUGACAGAAGUUGGAAUGGCUAUCAGCUGCGGUCUAGACUUCGGGGACCGUGUCGACGGCAGCGUUGGCUGGCCAUUACCGUCUGUGGAAGCCAGGCUGGUAGACGCAGACACGAAUCAGGUCGUCAAGCCUGGCGAGGAGCUGGAUGAGAACGGCCGCGAACGGGAAGGCGAAAUCCAACUUCGCGGCCCUACCAUCUUCCGCGAGUACUGGGCCAACGAAAAAGCCACGCAGGAGGCCUUCGUCGACAGCGAUGACGGCAAAGGCCAGUGGUUCAAGACCGGCGACGUUGCGACGCGACGCAUUGUCGAGGAUGCUGGCAAAGGCACCAGUGGAGAGUGGGCGCGAGGCCCGAUGUACUUCAUCCAGGGAAGACAAAGUGUGGACAUUAUCAAAGUCGGUGGUGAGAAAGUCAGCGCGCUCGAAGUUGAGAGGGAGUUGCUUUCGCUUCCUCAGAUUGCCGAAGCUGCGGUGGUUGGCCUUCCGUCCGAUCAAUGGGGUCAACGAGUUGCUGCGAUCGUUGUCCUGAACGCCAAAAGCGCUGCUACUGGUCGCAAUGGCAAACCAUGGGGUCCAAUGGAUAUGCGAAGGGCGUUGAAGGACCGACUGGCAGCCUAUAAGAUGCCGCAGGAAAUGAAGAUUCUCGAUACGCCGAUUCCGAGAAAUGCCAUGGGGAAGGUAAACAAGAAAACGCUCGUCAAAGAGGUCUUCGAGGUAUAG